AUGACCUCGGACGCCGGCGCCCGCAAGCGAUCCGCCAGCCACCUCGCUCUCGCCUUCCCUACCAUCUUUCUCCUGUCCGCCCACCUCAGCUCCGAUGAGCUGCAGGACCUCGAGGGGCAGAUCCCCACGCUGACAUAUGACAUCAACGAGGCCGAAGUUGUGUUGGGUAAGGUGUUCCGCAAGGAACGGGCUCUGUUCGAGCUGCGGAAACACCACCUAGCGACGGAGGAGGUGUUGGAGGGGGAGGCGGUUGAGCGGCGAGAAGUAGUAGUGGGCUCUGCAUCGGUGACACCGACGGCUGGGGCCCGUAAACGGACAAAAAUGUCGACGCCGACAGUGUUGGGCAGUUCAGACAUUGACUCGGACACGGCGUCCGAGGGCGACGUGCAAAGGCACCCGGUUGGCUCGAUACCGGCCGCAGCCAUGGUCAAGGUGGUCAAGCUCUGCUGGUUUACGGAUUCCGUCGCGGCUGGGGAGGUGCUUCCCAUCACCGAAAAGUACUUAAUCUACCGGGGCUAUAAAAAGACACCUGAACCGAUGCACAAGACAUCCAAGGGGGUCAAGUUGGGCGAACGGACAGCCGCAGAUGUGAUCAAACGUGCCCUCGCAGACGCAGAUACUGCGCUCAAGCACCCAUCACGGUCGCCGCGGUCGUCACAAAAAAGGCGAGGUGAGACAUACGUCAGCCAUCCCCUGCGGCCGCCGCGACUGCUGAAGCAGACCACAUCGGAGCGCGAACUGGAGAGGCAGAUGCCGCCAGUGCCAAAAUGGCUGCACAGUACCUAUUCGUGCCAACGCCCCACGCUGGUGCAUCCGCCCAAUGAGGGGUUUAUCGAAGAACUCGCCAAGAUCAAGACGGCGAGGGUUCUAAUGGGGGAUAAGGUUGGGGUGAGGGCGUACUCGAGUGCGAUUGCAACCAUUGCGGCAUAUCCAUAUACCAUACAGACGGCGCAGGAAAUUGCUCGUCUCCCUGGUUGCGGCACUAAGAUCGCGAUGCUCUUUCAAGAGUUCAAAGACAGUGGUAACGGACAGAUUCGCGAGGCGCGCGAAGACGAGACGGACCCCAAGCUAGCCGUGCUGAAGCUGUUCUAUGACAUCUGGGGCGUGGCCGAAACCACGGCGCGCGAUUUCUACAACCGCGGCUGGCGCGACCUCGACGACAUUGUCGAGUUUGGGUGGGAUUCGCUCACACGGGUGCAGCAAAUCGGCGUCAAGUUUUACGAUGAGUUCAAACUGAAGAUCCCGCGUGCGGAGGUUGAGGCUAUCGGGGAGACGGUACGAGCACAUGCGAAUGCGAUCGUGCCCGGGUUUCAAAUGGUCAUUGUCGGCGGGUAUCGGCGGGGGAAGUUGGAGAGCGGCGACGUGGACAUCGUGUUGAGCCAUCCGGAUGAAAAUGCCACACGGGACUUUGUUGGCGCGCUGGUGGUCGCGCUGGAGCGGACCGGAUGCAUCACGCAUACUCUGUCGCUGAGUACAGCCAACUCGGAGCGCGGACAAGCGCCGGUCAGCUGGAAGGGUAACGGCCCCAAAACAGCAAAGGCCGGGGCCGGGUUCGACACCCUAGACAAGGCGAUGGUGGUAUGGCAGGAUCCUGUCGAGAGCGGCGAGAAUGACGGUGAAGCCAAACGGAAAAACCCCAAACCACAUCGGCGCGUGGACAUUAUCAUCAGCCCGUGGAAGACGGCCGGGUGCGCGGUGCUAGGGUGGUCGAGCGGGACGACGUUCCAGCGGGACCUGCGGCGGUACUGCAAGUACGAGCGGCUACUCAAGUUUGACAGCAGCGGCAUCCGCAGCCGGCGCGAUGGUCGCUGGGUUGACCUCGAAAGUGCCGUCGAUGGAACGCCCGCACCAGAUAUGCUCACGGCCGAGAAGCGUGUGUUUGAAGGGCUCGGGCUCGAGUGGCGACCGCCUGAGGAGAGGUGUACGGGAUAG